AAAAGACUGAAACCGGUUGGAAAGCAUGUAUUGUACCAAACGCAGAUCUUCACGGAAUGGCUGCAUAUUUUAAGAAUCUUGUUCAGCGGGUUUAAAACAAACAGCUCUGCAAGACUCCUCCCAAAUGAGGAUCUGUGUCAAACAGGCCAUCAUUUCCUGCUUGUUUCUCACACACUCAUGGAUUACGACCAGACCAACAGCUGAUUUUGAUUGUGACAACACCAUGGGAAGGAUUGCUAAAGAGGUUUCUGGCCAGACCCUGUGCUUCAUUGGUUUUGUUGGUAUAUGUGUCUGUUGUGGCAUCCCAUUAUGGCGCGUCACUUCGUACAUUGGUGCCAACAUCGUCUCCGGCCAGAUUGUGUGGGACGGCUUGUGGAUGAACUGUGUAAUGCAGAGCACAGGACAGAUGCAGUGUAAAAUCCAAGACUCAAUAAUGCGACUGACCCAGGACUUGCAAGCGGCACGUGCGCUGACCAUCAUCGCGAUAGUGAUCGGCGCCAUUGGGAUGUUACUGACGUUUGUGGGUGGCCAGUGCAGUAGCUGUCUGAAGAAAGAGUCCUCCAUGGCUAAAGUGCUGAUCCUGGGUGGCAUCCUCUGCAUUGUAGCCGGAAUCGCCUGUCUUAUUCCGGUCUGCUGGUCGUCAGCUGUAACCAUCUCAGAUUUCCAGAGUGUUCUCACAAUCGAGACACAAAAGAGGGAGCUUGGGGCAUCCAUAUACAUUGGCUGGGGCGCCUCAGCAUGUCUUCUAUUUGGAGGGAUCAUUCUGUGUACUUCCUGUCCACCGAGUGAAGAUAUGUAUCCAAAUUACCCAGGCAUGUACCCCUACCAAGGACCUAUGUAUGCGCCUCCUGGAGCUUAUAUGCCUGCUAACACAUAUGCACCUAGUGUAGCAUAUAGUGGAAAUUACCUUCCUAACAAACCUUAUCCACCCCCAGGUUACUCAACUGCUCCGGGACAAUAUCUUUAGCUAAUGGAACAUUUCUUUGACUCUCAUCUUCUAAAACUGUGUUCCUCAACAUUUUUGAACGCAAUCUGUACUUACUUUCAGUGUUUGAUUGAAUAAAAUGUAUCCAACCACAAAUCUAAUUAGCGACCUGUUUGCAAUGUCUUAUUCUCUGCAAGCCUUUGAAU